AUGACGAGACUCCGAACAAAAGCUCUUGCGUCUCAAGUUUCUCAUCAAACGCAUUAUCCAAGAAUCGGCGCUAAAACCACCGGAACUAUAUCGCCGUCACAACUCCUCCAAGUCGUCGAAACCACCGCUAAAACCGGUGCCGAGGUUGUAAUGGAAGCUGUUAAUAAGCCAAGGAAUAUCACUUAUAAGGGUCUCACUGACUUAGUUACUGAGACUGAUAAAGCAAGUGAGGCUGCGAUUUUGGAGGUAGUGAAAAAGAAUUUCAGUGAUCAUCUUAUUCUUGGUGAAGAAGGAGGUAUUAUCGGCGAUACGUCUUCUGAUUACCUCUGGUGCAUUGAUCCUCUAGAUGGAACAACAAAUUUUGCUCAUGGAUAUCCAAGUUUUGCUGUUUCUGUUGGUGUUUUGUAUCGCGGAAAUCCCGCUGCUGCUUCUGUGGUAGAGUUUGUCGGUGGUCCAAUGUGCUGGAACACUCGAACCUUUUCUGCUACUGCAGGUGGUGGAGCGUUGUGUAACGGACAAAAAAUUCAUGUCAGUAGUACCGAUGCUGUUGAGAGAGCCCUUCUUAUAACAGGGUUUGGGUAUGAACAUGAUGAUGCGUGGAGUACGAAUAUGGAAUUGUUCAAAGAGUUCACUGAUGUGAGUCGGGGAGUGCGAAGGCUCGGUGCUGCAGCAGUUGACAUGUGUCACGUGGCACUCGGGAUUGCGGAAUCAUAUUGGGAGUACCGUUUAAAGCCAUGGGACAUGGCUGCUGGUGUUCUUAUAGUCGAGGAAGCUGGAGGAGCCGUGACCCGAAUGGAUGGAGGGAAGUUUUCCGUGUUUGAUAGAUCUGUGUUGGUGUCCAAUGGCGUUCUUCAUUCCAAGCUUCUGGAGAGAAUCGCUCCUGCAACUGAGAACUUGAAGACGAAAGGAAUCGAUUUCUCACUGUGGUUUAAACCGGAAGAUUAUCACACAGAACUUUAA